UCUGUGAUGGAGGUUUCAGCGCUGAUUGCAAGCUGUUUGUUUUGUCGAGCGAGUUGGGCGCAGAGGUUGGGCGGUAUAGGAGAAACGUAUCAGCAAAAUCAUUGUUCUAGUAAUUUUUUAUCGUACCUAUUUUAUAUCAGUUUUAUAUUUAUACCGUUCGAGCGUCGGAAUGACCCUCAACCUAGGUAGAAAGGACGGCGGUCCGGGCUAUGUUGGCAUCCAAUUUUGCCUAGAAUGCAACAACAUGUUAUACCCGCGCGAAGAUAAAAACAACAAAGUUUUAUUAUACGCUUGCCGAAACUGUGACUACAAGCAGCUGGCUGAUUCAAAUUGUGUUUAUGUGAACAAAAUUAUGCACGAAGUAGAUGAACUGACACAUAUAAACCCAGACGUCGUGAGUGAUCCCACAUUGCCGCGCACCAAGGAUCACAUGUGUCCCAAAUGCAGCCACAGAGAAGCAGUGUUCUUCCAGGGCCAAACAAGACGUGCCGAAGAAGAGAUGAGACUAUAUUAUGUGUGUACCAGUUGUAAGCAUAGAUGGACUGAGUAAGAGUUUGCAUUAAUAUUAUUAUAAUAAUUCUUAAGAACAAUAAAUUUUAUAAUUAA